AUGCUUCCCGCGGAGAUUAGAUACGAGAUUGUAUCGCAACUCUUGUAUCCAGACAUUGAAGGUUUCCCUGGGAGAGCAAAAUACCAAAUUUAUGGAACAGACUGGGACGACUUCAUGCCGCUCCGGCCGCCUCGGCCGAUUAAAGACUACCUCUCUCAUGGCGAGUUUAGAACGAUUACCACCAGUUUCUAUCGCUUAAAAGCGGAUAUGAGAACAUUAUGCAACCUCCGCUUAACUUCGCGGGAAUGGCUUGCUACUGUCGAUCCUUUCCUCCAGCAAUGCUCCUUACUGAAAGUUGACGUUGGUUCACGUCAGGCCAUGGGGAGACUCGCAAAGGUUAUGCGCCCAUCUUUUCCCGUCAAGAAAUUGGUCAUCCCUUGUAUUGAAGCCGCGUUAGCCUUCACUAGGCGCUUCACUUAUGAUUCAGAUGCCAACGACGAUGUGGAGGAUGUAAAGGAGUACAAAGACGAACCUCUCAACGGCAACUCGGACGAUUUCGCCGCGAUUCCUGGUGCUCUCCCCGAAAAGCCUUUCAUGGGCUCCCAAGAUGUAGACCUUCUGAAAAGCAUCUGGAGUAAUCUUCCCCAGAUUGAUUCAUUUACGCUAAUUUUCCCCGAAUCUGUCGGCACAUUCGAUAAUGGUUGGGAAGGAUCGGCGGGCUUUUAUGAUAUGGAAGUUGUCAAUUCUUCAAUAUCUUUCUUCAAGAAUGCCCUGUCCUCGCCUGUUUUCAGUCACCUUACAGAUUUACGACUUCAUCUCCCCUGUACCCACAAUGUAGGACAAACCUGCGAAGGCCUAGGCCAAGACGCACGCAACCAGAUCCUGCAUCUCGAGAUUUGCAUCGUGGAUGCCUCUGGGGUUUCGGGCCAGCGCGAGCAUCUAUUUUUGGAUAAUCCAGGCGACUACAUGGAACUAGAUGGGGAUGUGCAUAUCUACAAUUCAGUUCCAUAUAGCAACAUGCAGAGGGAAUUUAGCAACCAGCAGCAUCAGGAUGAACUUUGGGAGUUUGUGGGGUCCUGCCCGAAUCUUCAAUCUCUCCAUAUAGUGGGGACGAAUUUCCUAGAUCUCGACAGACUACAUUGGAAAAAAUCUCCAGACUCUCGAGGUUUACGCGUGCUCUCUUUGGAAAGAGUGUGGGUAAGCUCGUCGUCUCUCGAGGCAUUGCUCUUGCCAUCACCUUCAGUGGCGCACACAACUCCUCAGCUUCGCAGAAUCUGUCUCGGCGACGUGAAGCUUCAUGACGACGGAGGAAACUGGGAGGAUAUAUUCAACAACCUACGUGAAGGCUACCCGGAGCUGGAGAUAAGCUCCAUGCAGCAGUUGACAUACUUUCAGAGUCACCCCAGGUACGCGUCUCUCCAGAGUCCCUGGAGUAAUUUUUGGAAGGUAGAAUCUGAAGAGGAGAGUGAAUUAAGAGCGAUGUACGCACUUGCAGAACAUCUUGCCGAGAGAGCUGGUGGUUGGGACUACUAUCCACAAGAAUGCCAUGAGUCUUUAGAUCAUUAUGGGUUAGAUGAAGACUAA